AUGUAUUUGGCCGCACAAUCUUUGGAGGUGCUGGUGUACUUCAAAAUUGUGCGACAAAUGCAGCGCCUUCAAGAAACACAUCCAAGUGCUGCAGAGAGACAGCACAGAGAAGAAGAGACGAGGCGAAAUCUUUGGCGCGGCCAAACACCCCUUCCUUUCCCCGAGUGCGGCGAACACCAAACCGAACAGCCAGUGGAACACGGAGCGCGCGUGCAGACAACACCAACAACACCCACGGCGCUGCGUCGCGGCCGCGCCGUUGGGUUGGAAGACCGGCAGCGCGAACUCGUCGGACGCCUGGCGCUGGCCCUGCCGCCGGCCGCCCCCGCCGCCGCCCCCGCCGCCUCGCGGCUGAUGCGCCGUAGCGGCGCCCAGUGGCGCUUCUCCUCGUCCAGCUGGUCGCCGUCCGCGUCGUCGUGGCCGCCCGCGUCGCUGAAGGACGCGGCAGCGAAGGGCGACGGCCCGCCGGGCCCGCCCACCGGCAGCCGCCCCUGGCGCAGCAGCGCCGCCACGUAG